GAGAAGAGAGGGGCUCAUGAGAUUCGGGAGAUCCGACAGUUUCACUUCACGGGCUGGCCAGACCACGGGGUUCCCUAUCACGCCACGGGCCUGCUGGGAUUCAUUAGGAGAGUCAAGUCCAAGACCCUGACCAACGCUGGGCCCAUGGUGGUCCACUGCAGUGCCGGGGCGGGGCGGACCGGCUGCUUCAUCGUCAUCGACAUCAUGCUGGACAUGGCGGAGAGAGAGGGGGUGGUCGAUAUCUACAACUGUGUGAGGGAGCUGCGCUCACGGAGGGUCAACAUGGUGCAGACUGAGGAGCAGUAUGUCUUCAUCCACGACGCCAUCUUGGAGGCGUGUCUCUGUGGCGACACCACCAUCCCUGCCAGUCAGCUGCGCUCCGUCUACUACGACAUGAACCGCCUGGACCCCCAGACCAACUCCAGCCCCAUUAAAGAGGAGUUCAGGACUCUGAACAUGGUGACGCCCACGCUGCGGGUGGAGGACUGCAGCAUCGCCCUGCUGCCCAGGAACCACGAGAAGAACCGCUGCAUGGACGUCCUUCCUCCAGACCGCUGCCUCCCCUUCCUCAUCACCAUCGACGGGGAGAGCUCCAACUACAUAAACGCCGCGCUCAUGGAUGACCAGUACAAGUUUUGCUAUGAAGUGGCGCUGGAGUACUUGAACUCUGGGUAA